AUGAGGAUGGCGGAGGUUAUCGAGCUGUCAGACGACUCCAGUGAUGAUGAAUGUCGACAGGAACAGGUAUCCACUGUUGGCGCAACAAAUAAGGCUUCAAAACCAAGCCACCAGUCGCAAGUGAUUUCACUGCUAGAAAGUAGUGACAAUGAAUCAUCCGCAACAUUGCCACCACAAAGAAACAACAAGAGUACUCGUGUUCAGUCCAAACGACCAGGUUCCUCCUUUUCAAAGACAUACGCUUAUCUGGAUUAUUCGGAUGAUUCAGAUGAUGAUUCGUUGAGCCAAUAUCAAGCAAGCGGGCUUUCCUCCAAGGUUGAUUGUGGUGGAGGAAGAAAGCGAAAACGAAAUGAUGAUUCAACAGGUCAACAGGCUUUCGUCUCGCCACACGCAACAGCCACCAUCAACAGGGUGACUCCCGUUCAGCCUUUGAACGACAUCAAUAACUCAAGAGUGAUUACGCAGGACAUGAUGGAUGAACCACCAAUGUCGUCACCAUCACCUGAGACUUUGAAUGCCCACAAUAAUACAGUAGGUGAUGGCGGCAGUGCAUCCAAUACUACUAUGAAUAAUGCGAGCCAUCCACAAACACCAAUAGAGCCGAGGAGGAUUAUUGCCAAUCCUUACACACAGAAGAAGAAAGCACCACCCCCUCUAGCAGCAGCAACACAAGGGUCAACAAGAACGGAACAAGUGGCAGUGGUACCAGCAAGAAUAACUGUCAAUCCAUACUCGCGUAAAUCACCUCCAACCACAACAUCAGGGACAGCAGCAUUGCUCGCACCAACAGCAUCUCCUUCGUCACUUUCUUCUUCCAACGACCACAUGUUUCCUUCCCAAUUGACACGCCGGGGCAAGACCUAUCCCGACCUUCGUGCCAAAAUGGCCCUGUGUCUCUGGAGGUACGCGAGAUCCUUGGCCCAUUGCAGUUACAACCGCACCCGGUUUGCCCAGGCCAUUCAAAAAGUGGUGGCCCUCAGUUGCUUGGCCGAAUAUCCCAUUCGAUCGCUUCAAGAAUACAUUCUCCGCUUUCAAGGCCAGUCGAUUGAAGCCGUGUCGGUCAUGAAACAAAAAGUAAAGGACUUGUUGGAGCAGUUGACCAAGGGAGGUUGGGAGACCGUGUCCACAUCCACCAAUGCCAGUGUCACUGGUCAGUACUACUCGAUUGCAGAAGCCUGUCUAGUGGCAUGCAAGAAACGACUGCAACCACGACUAAUGGAACUGGAACAAGAACAAGCAUCAGCAGAUGGCGGCACCCACUCGUCGUCAUUGGAGGAGCGCCUCAAACAAAAGGAACAUUUUCUACCACUUUCCUUGCUCCUUGCCGACAUUGACAAGCGCUUACGACCCGAGUGUCCCUCCAAUAUUGCUCGACCGCAAGAUCAAGACAAUGGUGUCAAGUUUUAUGAGCAAUCCUCAACGAUAUCGGCCGAAUUUCAUCAAAUCAAACGGCUCUGCUCUCUCUCGCACAUUAAAUUUCACAAGAAAAAGGGAGACAUUGUGGUGGAAUUGCUCCCACUGGGGUAUCACAUUGCGACACGACUCAUUUCGAGAGUGGUGGUGUAUCCAGCACCCAAUGGAUGGUAUCGCCGGAGUCAUCAUCAUGACCACUAUAAUGCAAAGGCACCAGGAGCCCAUCCAGCAUCGUAUUCAAAUCCUCCUCCGUGCAGCUGGUCCAACCUGGUCUUGUGCAUGGACUUUCGGGAAGGGGGUGGUGCCACUCGAGUAUUGCAUCAAAUGUGCAACGAUUUGGAUUCGAUUCAGCUACCCUACUUUGUGGCAAGCCUUUCCAUUGGGGAUUAUGUCUUUUUUCACAAGGACAAGUUGUUGCCGGUAUUGAUUGAGCGGAAAUCGAUUGAAGAUCUGGCGCAGAGUAUCUAUGAUGGCCGUUGGCAGAGUCAAAAGAAACGAAUGUAUCAAGGUCAGCACGUGUUUGGGUAUGGAAACGCCAUUUUGAUUUAUAUUGUAGAAGGCAAACAGGAGCAUCACCUAGUGACUGGAGGGUUCAUUGGGAGCACUCGAUUUAAGAUAUCACUCGAACGAUUGAACGACGAGAUUGAAAAGCUCAGUCACGAUGGAUUUGAGGUUCUACGAACGGCAUCUCCCAGUAGCACCCUGCACGAACUAUCCAAAUGGGCCAAGACGAUUGAUCAGCAAGUUGAAACCGGAAUUUUGAAACCCAAGUACACUUACGAAGAGUUCCGGGAAGAAGUGUCCAAGAUUCCACCCAACACUGAUUUUUCUCGGAUUGCCAAGGAUCACUAUCGGCAACGCAAGGAGCGGGAUAUUGCACAAGAGACGAUUGUGGUAGUUGACAGCAGUGACGACGACAAUGAUGACGAUGCUGAUGAUGGGAAUAAAAAUGGGAGUGAUUUGCCAACUCCACAGAAUCAUCAUUCGUUGGCACAAAGCGUUGCUAGCAAGCCAUUGCCUAGUAUUGCGUCAGUUGUGAAAAGAAGCAGCAGCACCACCGCUAUUGACAUUGCCAAAGAAAUCAAACAGCGAGCUACUACUGCCUUUCCAAAAGCGGAACAUCCCGACUAUUCCAAGUGGACGAGGGCGGCAUUGGUAAAGGAAUGCCUGCAAAUUGGCUUGACCAAAUCCGGAUCUCGCCACGAUCUGAUUCAACGAUUGCAAGGUCCAAGACCACCGACAUUGUGGAUCCAACGCAAGACUCAAGGGCAUUGGGUACCUGCUCGACCAGACUCUUCUGGAACCGCCCUCAUGGUGGCGCUUUGGUUGUUGCAACAAGAGCAUCCGACCGAAACGGAAGGGUUCCGCAAAGCGGAUAUCUGCAAAAAGGCUGACAAGUUAAACAUUAGUCGAGAGCCCUUUGUGGGUGGAAAAAAGUCCUUUGGUCAAUUCUAUGAUGGAUGGAGUUCGUGUACCUAUUGCAGGAAGGAUCCUUAUCCUCUGGUUGAGAAUAGAAAGUACCAUAAGUUUCGUUUGACAAGAGAAGGGGCAUUUGCUGGAUUACCACUGGCCGAACAGCUCCACGAAUGGUGCCAUAUUCACAAUACCUGUAGCUGCAAGGAUAUGUAA